UAUAUAACAGCAAUCAACGAAACGAGACGCUUCGCUUGGCCGCUCGAUCAGGAACACUCAAAGAGAGCUUGAGCUUUCUAGGGUUUUCUGCUCCUCCAAAAUGACAAAGAGAACCAAGAAGGCUGGUAUUGUUGGGAAGUAUGGCACCCGUUAUGGUGCUAGUCUGAGGAAGCAGAUUAAGAAGAUGGAAGUCAGCCAGCACAGCAAAUACUUCUGCGAGUUUUGUGGGAAGUUUGCAGUGAAGAGGAAGGCUGUUGGAAUCUGGGGUUGCAAGGAUUGUGGAAAAGUGAAAGCAGGAGGUGCUUACACAUUGAACACCGCAAGUGCUGUGACGGUUCGGAGCACCAUCCGGAGGCUGAGGGAGCAGACGGAGAACUGAAAUCAUAUGUUUUUGUCUUUAAUUUUGACAUUAGCAAUCAGAAUGUAGUUCUUGGUGAAAGAUUUUGUGACACAGUUUGUGGCUAUUGUUUUUAUUUUCAUAAUUCGUUACAUGCCUUGAUGCAGACUAAGCAGGAUUCCGCUGGUUAUUGUGUUUAAUCAUUGCAGUUUUGAUUUUCUUC